AUGAGAGAAAUUGUUCAUAUUCAAGCUGGUCAAUGUGGAAAUCAAAUUGGGGCUAAGUUUUGGGAAGUAAUUUCCGACGAGCACGGAAUCGACCCCACCGGCGCCUACAUCGGAGACAGCGAUCUCCAGCUCGAGCGCAUCAACGUCUACUACAAUGAAGCAUCUGGCACCAAGUACGUUCCGCGCGCUGUUCUGGUAGAUCUGGAGCCGGGAACGAUGGAUUCCGUGCGCUCCGGUCCGUUUGGCCAGAUUUUCAGGCCGGACAACUUCGUCUUCGGCCAGUCCGGCGCUGGAAACAACUGGGCAAAGGGGCACUACACGGAGGGAGCUGAGCUGAUAGACUCGGUUCUGGACGUAGUGAGGAAAGAAGCAGAGUCUUGUGAUUGCUUACAGGGCUUUCAAUUGACGCACUCGCUCGGGGGCGGAACUGGAUCUGGCAUGGGCACGCUGUUGAUUUCCAAGAUUCGCGAAGAAUACCCAGAUCGCAUCAUGAACACUUUCUCGGUUGUUCCUUCGCCCAAAGUGUCGGAUACCGUGGUUGAGCCUUACAACGCUACUUUAUCAGUGCAUCAGUUGGUGGAAAACACUGACGAAACGUACUGCAUCGACAACGAGGCCUUGUACGACAUUUGCUUCCGCACGCUCAAGUUGACGACGCCCACUUACGGCGACUUGAAUCACCUCGUCUCCGUCACAAUGUCCGGCGUCACCACCUGCCUCCGCUUCCCCGGACAGCUCAACGCCGAUCUCCGCAAACUGGCAGUCAACAUGGUUCCUUUCCCGCGUCUCCACUUUUUCAUGCCCGGUUUCGCGCCACUGACAUCCAGGGGUUCUCAACAGUACAGAGCUCUUACGGUUCCGGAACUGACGCAGCAAAUGUUCGAUGCCAAGAAUAUGAUGGCUGCUUGUGACCCAAGACAUGGCCGUUAUUUGACAGUGGCGGCGAUGUUCCGCGGGCGAAUGUCGAUGAAAGAAGUGGACGAGCAAAUGCUGAACAUCCAAAACAAGAACUCUUCGUAUUUCGUCGAGUGGAUUCCCAACAACGUCAAAACUGCAGUUUGCGACAUUCCUCCUCGAGACUUGAAAAUGUCAGCGACUUUUAUCGGGAACUCGACGGCGAUCCAGGAACUCUUCAAGCGAAUUUCAGAGCAGUUUACCGCCAUGUUCCGGCGAAAAGCAUUCCUUCAUUGGUACACAGGCGAGGGAAUGGACGAAAUGGAAUUCACAGAAGCGGAGUCGAACAUGAAUGACUUGGUCUCCGAGUAUCAGCAGUACCAGGAAGCGACUGCUGACGACGACGAUUUCGAAGAAGAAGAAGAGGAAGAGGACUACGAAGAAGAAGCUUGA